AGUUAACAUACAACCAGUGUAAAGAUGAAGGACCCACUGAGCAGCUGUGCUUACAAUCUGCUGUAUCAGGACUUGAAAAGGCUAUCCAAGAAUGGAGAAUAUUUCUGUAAAGAGCUUUUGGCUGUGUUUCAGCAAAGAUCUGAACUGGAGACCAACUAUUCCAAAGGACUUCAGAAGAUCGCAGGCAAACUCCUUAAAGUCACCAAAGAGAUGAGUGACAACUCCACAUACCGCGUGUGGUCCUUCAUAUCAGAUGAGAUGUAUGCCUCUGCAGAUGCCCACCGCAUACUGGGAAAUGCUCUCAACCAAGAUGUUAUUCUUGAAAUUCGGCAAAUCUUAGAUGAACACACGAAAAGAAAACGACCGCUUGACAAUGCCAUUGAAAAAUCAGGAAAACUUGUUCUUACAAACUGGAAUGAGCAAAUUAAGCUGAAAAAGAAACUGAUUGGAUUAACAAGGGAACACGAGGCCCUCUUCAGCUUUGUUGAAAAAAAUAAGCAAAUCUGUACAGAAAAAGAAAAACAAAAGAUGUUCAACAGAUUGACUAAAUCUGCAGAGCUGCAGGCCAAAGUUGAUGAGGAAUAUUUCAACACCAACAUGAACGGUCACCACAUUCAACUGAAGUUAGAGAACACACUGAAAACCUGCUACCAGAUUGUUCAGGAACUUGAAAAGCAAAGAAUAGAGACUCUAUCCAACACGCUGAAUAAGUACAGUCUCUUCAUGAAUGUAUAUGCACAGACUGUCAUUCAUAGUCACAAACAGAUUGAUCAGGCCAUUAAGAAAGUUGAUGUGGAGAAGGACCAAUCACUGGUUGAGGACAUCGGCGCUACAGAAGAUGAUAACAAAGCUGAAUUUCUCAUGGCUGACUAUUUUGAGGAAGAAGGUAAAACAAUCAUGACAAAAGAAAGAAGAAAAGACGGCAUCAAGUCUAAACUUCAGCGAUUAGAGGACUGCAUCAUAAAAACAAAAAGCGACAGAGAAGGACUAGAGAAAAUGUUCAAAGUAUACACUGAACAACCGAACUUCUCAAAUAAAAAAAACCUGGAAGAAACUGAACAGUUACUUGAAGAGGUCACCCUUAAACUGGACCUUCUGGAGGCCACGCGCUGUAAACUGAACCACGGUCUGGCAGAGUUAGAGGGUAAACCAAAAUCCCGACAUCAAUUCAGUGACAGCAUUACUAAAUGGAAAGACAAGGACUGUGAGCACAGUGUCGUGCAGCUUUCUCGACCGGUGAGGAUCAAAAUGACACAGUUUAAAUCACUGCAGUCUAAGAGGAGCUCUGUGAUCUAUAAGGGACCUGCAAAGAGUGUGACAAACAGCCCUGACAUCCCGAACGAAGAUCCCUUGACUGCAGCGACUGACCUCAUACAAAACACAGAUGAUGAUCAACAGAGCAAUGCGGUUAAUGGAACCGUUGCCCUUUCAGGAUCAGAAGAGAAUAAAGGUGCAGAAUUCCGCUGUAUAGGCAAAUGCAAGGUUUUAUACAGCUUUACAUCGGAGAGAGAGGACGAUUUAAACAUUAACGAAGGAGACAUACUCGAUAUCUUUCAGAAAGAGGACACAGGCUGGUGGUUUGGGGAGCUGAAUGGACAGAGAGGACACUUUCCUUCUACUUAUGUUGAAGAGCUGCCUGUUUUUACCGCGGAAAAAUCAUCUGAAGCUUAGAUCUGGUUUAGAGCA